AUGUUCGAAGAGCAGAUAGCACCGUCUCCUGGCGUCUCCUACCCGUGGUCUGCGCGUCUCUCCACCUCCGCCUCCACCAGCGCUUCCACCACCGCACCUCCCACUCCACCCUCGCAACUUCCCUUUGGUGACGAAGGGUCGCACCACAUACACGCAAAGGAUCAAGAGCACCAGCUUCCCGAACUCCACCUGCUCAACAUGUCGUGCGACGAUGCACUCAGCGACCUCAGCGACGAGGCCGACGGCUUCUUCUCUCUCGAUAUGGACGUCAGCAUUGACCAGCAGCUGCAGGAAUCUCAUCCUUCCAAUCCGUCAUCACACGCAGUGCCAUCAAUAUCCUCGUUGAAGCAGCGACUGGAAGCAUCGCCUCAGCGCAACAGCCGCGACACUUCAGCCUCACCACUCGCUCACCCUGCGGUGCGCAGAGCCUCCGAGACCGUCGCCUACUCGUCGUCUCCACUCCAGGGCGUCGGACUCGACCCCAUCAUGGCUUCACGAUCUCGCAACUCUCCCGCCCUCGCCCCCGUCAACGCAAGGGAAGCUUCCGACAGCCCGACAUCGGCGAAUAACGGAUCGCGUCAUGCAUCUGCGCCUUCCUCCUUCGGCCCGAUUGCGCCAGAAGUGGAUCAGAAGGGCAACCUCGAGUACAAGCUCAAGAUCCUCCCUCCCAGCAGGGAACGCUUCGAUCGUCUCGUUACGCAGCUCAAAUGGAGGCUGCUCGAAGGUGGUGGGCUCGCUGUCUACGAAAUUGGCGUUCUCGACGACGGCACCUUGAUAGGACUCGAUGCAGACUCGAUGAAGGAUUCGCUCAAGCUGCUUUCGUUGAUGGCAUCGGAAGUUGGCGCGCGUUGUCAUGUACAGCGUGUGCUUGCGCUCGAGAAGGUCAUCGUCCCAAACGGUGAUGCAUCUGCCUCAUUCGCUGCUCCAGCCGCCUCGUCGCGCAUCGCUUCCUCAGAGUCGGAUCUCAGCUUACGCGCUCUGUCGCCUUCCGAGGCGACGCAAAUGCUGCAGCCUUACAUCCACACCUCCACUGAAGUGGACGCCGACACCCGCGCACAGCUUCUCGAGACGGGAUCAGCCGGGUUGUACCGCUUCGACAUCGCUGAACAGCAGCUUCCCAUCCCACUACCUCUUGCGAACUUCGACAUCGACGCACCCGAUGUCGCUGUUGCUUCAAUAGCCGCAGUCGACCCUGCCGAUUCUGCCGCCUUGACCGAUGCCACCUCUUCCGACGCCGACACAGCCAUAUCAGCUCCAACCAAACGACGCCUGCUCAAGUCUAGCAUCAACGGUCUUGCUUCGAGCAACAAUGAGAGCUCAGGCUGUGUUCGACCCAAAAAGAACAUCCUGCAAGGUCGCGACCAAUCUGCCAUUGUGUAUCUCGCCUCGAAGGAAGAGAAGCGCAUUAUGCGUGCCGUUGAAGCCGCCGCCGCUGCUGCCGCCGCCGAAGCUGAAGAGGAAGCAGCAAUGGCAGUUGCCAACGCCAACGCUGCCAAAGCCGAAGCGCAGGCGGACCGUGCACUCUGCCACACGGAAGCACAGGAGCGCAAGAUGAUGGCCAAGAUGACGCGUGUGGCCGACUCGGUACAGCCCAAGACGGCUCGUGCUCGUGCUCGUGCCAAGAAGACGGCUGCCACCAACGAAACGUCUACCCCAUCAUACUCGGCCAGCCCAUCCCCUACCGCUUCGCCAGCAUUGGCUGCGGUGAAUGGAGCUAGAGCAGCAUCGUUCUGCUCCACAGGGGCGUAUACGGGAUACGAAACGGUGAUGUCUGCUUUUGGCGUCUUGUCAGAGAGAGCUGCACGUACGUUGUAUGGUGGUGCCCAUUUGGAAGAUGAUUCGGUGGUUGAUGCUGGGGCAGAAAGCGUCGGGUUGAAAGCAAGGCUGAUCGUCGAAGCUGUGGUCAGGAGGGAAGCUGCUUCGUAG